AUGUCGAAUCUUACAAAACUUGAAUUUGCGGCCCUUGAUAUUACUGGAAAGAACUACUUGUCUUGGGUAUUAGAUGCUGAAAUUCACCUAGAUGCAAAAGAUCUAGGUGAUACAAUUAAAGAAGGAAAUAAAGCAACAAGUCAAAACAAAGAUAAGGCUAUGAUAUGUCUUCGCCAUCACCUCCAUGAGGGCCUUAAGAUAGAUUACUUGACUGUAAAAGAUCCACAAGUCCUUUGGAGUAAUCUAAAGGAGAGGUAUGACCACCAGAAAACUGUGAUAUUACCUAAAGCUCGUUAUGAUUGGUUACAUUUAAGACUACAAGACUUUAAGUCUGUAAGUGAAUAUAACUCAACCAUGUUCAGAAUUACUUCACAAUUGAAGUUAUGUGGAGAGAUAAUCACUGAUGCAGAAAUGUUAGAGAAAACUUACUCUACCUUUCACGCAAAUAACAUUGUCCUGGAGACACAAUACCGUGAAAAGGGAUUUAAGAAUAUUCUGAACUUAUAUCUUGUCUCCUCGUGGCUGAGCAAAAUAACGAGUUAUUAA